AAGUUCUCUUUCCAGAUGGCUUAUGCAAUUGUCGAUUUUAUUAGUCGAAAAGAGGUAGAGGUUGUGCCAUCCUCAUGGAUCUCGGACGACAUAUGCAUGUGGCCUAAAGUACCAUUGGACCGACUGACAUCUAUGAUAAGAAAAAAACAUCCAUGCUCCUACUUGCCACCAUGGCAAGGAUACGAGGUCCAGGUGAAGGGGCUGUUUGGAUCAUAUGAUGAAGCGCGCAGGAAGUUGGACAAGUCGCAGUACACUUCAGACCUCGGGAGCGACUCUGAACCACCGCAAAAAAGAAGAACCCCAGCUGUUGUGUGGGACCCUUGCCAGUCGUCUGACAGCCAGCACUCUGAAGAUUUGCCACCAGCGCCAGUGAACUUUCCCCAGGCUGCCUUCCCUGCAUCGCCUUGCUCACCUGCAUCGGUUGUGUCACCUCUGCCAGUGGCCUCACCCAUGCCAGCAGCCUCGCCUCUUCCAGUUACGUCAUGUGUGCCAGCUGCCCCACCUUUGCCAGCCAUACCGCCAGUGCCAGCCGUAACACCAGUGCCACUUGCACCACCUUUGCCAGCUGCUUCGCCUGCCCCAGUCACAUUACCACCACAUGAAUUUCAAUCACAGGUACUUCGGCUGUUAAACAUCUUGAGGCUGACUGUACAGGAAAUUUUGAGCAAUCUGGAUGCCUGUGUGGCUCAAGGCAAGGUGACCUCUGCACCCGCUGUACUAGUGCAGCAGCCGUUUGAGACGGUGGAUGCCCUUCUGAACUUUGAAGCAUCGCUUCGUCCAGAGGAUGCUAAUGUCCUGGUCAACGAACUCGUGCAACUUGGGGGCCGGACCCCUAAUGCGGCAGUGAAGCGUAUGCUCAUUUACCUGUUUGCCGACAAGCUGGCUGCUGAGUACUCAUGGCAUGGAAAAAAAGGAAAGCGGAAGUUUGCUGAUCUUCGGCUGUGUCAGCAUUUGUUCACUGCUGUCAGGAGGCGCUUCCCACAAAGUACAAGGGAUGACGUUGAGUCAACCACUAAGUCAUGGCUUCGUCAUGCUCCUGAGAGGGCUAAUGGAAGAGAGGGGGUCAGAGACACGUGAAGAAUAGCAGACUGGAGGACUAUUGCUUCAAGCCUUUUUGCGGAUGAGGUGUCUUCUAAAACCAUGUGUUCAAGAUGCCAUCAAUUCUCUUCAAGUACUCGAGCUUGUGUCCAAAAACAUCAUUAGGUGCAUUUUUGUUCCAUGGAGUGUUUUAUGGGUACUGAAGGUUUUUCAGUUCCAAUUUAUUCUAGACCAAUGACUUCUGUUUUAGUCAAGUGAGAUGCUUUGAAGCUUUAUAAUUUGUGUCCACUAUUGCAGUAUGUAUUCAAGCAACCCAUGUUUCAUAGCACCUCCAGGUAUUGUACUGGGCUUUAUGUUCUGCAGAAGACUUGUACUUACAAGAUCUGUAUUUUACUUGCAUAUAUCAGAGCUGCAGAAUGUACUCUAGUUGCAUAACUUCCAUUUAGGAGCCACGAGCUUGUUUCUAGUGCAGAUGUUCCUUUUAAACACUGUGAAUUGUUUUCAGGUAUCACAUUUUGCGUUUAAGGACUACGGACAUUUUUUUUUUUUUGUAUGCAGUGAAGUUCUUACAACUCUAAACGCUAGAAAAAAUUAUGGCAAGCCUCACGGCGUCCUAAAUAAUUCAGUCUAAUGCAUUUCCCACAGCCAGACUUGGUUUUGGUAAUGGGAAGUGGUCACACAGAAGCAACACAUCAUGAGGGUUCGACACUCACUCCGGCUUGCUCAGUCAUCUGCUUGCUGCUACAUAGGUCCUCAGCCGGUAGGCAGCAUAAACGGCGACAGCAAAUAGAAGUGUCAAAGCCUCAUAAUGUGCUGCUCCCGUGUGGCCACCUUCUGAUGACCAAAACCGAGAAUGACUGUGGAAAAUGCAUUAUGCCAAAUUCUUUAGCGUGCUGGGAGGCGUGCCAAGCAUUUUUCAAAAGGUUGUAGUUGUAGGACUUUAGUUGAAAACUAGAAGAUCAAUACUAAAAAUAAGCUGCAUUCCUUUAACAGAUGUCUUCUUGCUAUUAGGCAAUUACUGCUAUUUAAAAAGUUGAAAACUGCAUUGAUUCUCAAUAACUCACCUUAUGAUCCUAGUCAUGACCUGUGUCCUAUUUCUGCAAGUUGCAUUAAAGCACCACUGACCAUGCUUAAACACCACUACUGCUAGUCACAUCAUGGUCCCAAGUGUUCUAUUCUAGGGCCUACAGUUUGUGUUGUAAUAUCCUGAGUAGUGCUUUGUUUUAAAAAGGUUAAACCUAGUUGCAUUAUGGCUUUGCUUAAAGAGUGGCAGUCUCUUACAUUAUUUCAUGUACCAAGCGGGUGUUUUACUAGUGUGAAUUUGCUGCAGUUUUGGAAGAUGUAUAUUUUACAUUAUGGCAUUGUUUAAAGAGCGGCAGUCUAGUUACAUUAUUUCAUGUACCGAGCGGGUGUUUUACUACUGUGAGUUUGCUGCGCUACUUUGAAGAUGUAUAUUUUACAAUAUGGCAUUGAAAGUGUGGUAGUCUAGUUACAUCAUUUCAUGUACCAAGUGGGUGUUUUACUACUGCGAGUUUGCUGCGCUAUUUCAAAGAUUGAUAUUUUACAUUAUGGCAUUGUUUAAAGUGUGAUAGUCUAGUUACAUUAUUUAAUGUACCAACUGUGUGUUGUACUACAGCGAGUUUGCUGCUAUGUUUUGAAGAUCUAUAUAUUUUGUACCUUCGAGCUUACAUUUCUGAAAUAAAAGUAUUAAAACCUC